GCGAAGCGAGCGAAGCAAGCCGGCCCGGGAGGAGCGCUUUCCUCUGGGGAAGCCAGGAAGGCAAGGACCCGGCGCGAUCCCGCGGGGCCGCCUCCUCCGGACUCGGCGAUCGGCUCCGGGAGAAGAGGACACCCCCCUCCCCGAUGUGGCGCCCCGGAGAGACCCCUGGCCAGCUCCGAGGUCUCCGGGCAGGGACCAGGAUUCUUCUAUAAUCCACCCUCAAAUUUCAACACACUGGAAGGCAUCAGUUCAGGAUCAGACCCUUUGCCGUGAAGGUCAAGAACCAUGCUGGACAAUUUUAGAGGCUCAUUAAGGCUUCUUGGUUCCAUCGUGGUGCUUGGAUUUCAGCUGGUCAUCCCGCAACCCUCAAUCGAACACAGAAAGGUCCCACAAAGGAUAGAAGAGCAAAGCGUGGCCCCCGAGGAAGACAAUGCAGGGAUCCCGGGCGUCUGGGGCAGCUGGGGGCCCUGGUCGGCUUGCUCGCGGAGCUGCGACGGCGGAGUGAUGGAGCAAACCCGGCCCUGCUUGCCAGGACACUAUUACGAGCGGAGCUACCGGAGGCCUGGGCCGUACUGGGGCUCCGAAAGGACUCUGACUCAUCAGCCGCAGCUGCGCCAGGAGGACCCGCUGAACGCCUACGCCGGACACGUCAUCUCGGCCAUCCGUACCUCCGUCCCUCUUCAUAGAAAGGAGGAUCCUUCGCGAGCGGCUCUCCGGGCGGCCUUCUCUCUGGGAGGCCGUAACGACAGCUACCCGAGCAACAAGGGGACCUCCAGAGGAGGGCGGCUUUCUCCGUCUCUAAGGCGUAGCCCCAAAUCAGAAAGAAGAAGCAAAAACAAAAGCCCCAUCGGGCCCGGGAAAUAUGGCUACGGAAAAGUGCCCUACAUCCUCCCGCUGCAGACAGACACGGGGCAGUCACCCCACAAACCGCGACGGCACAGACAGUCAGCACGGCGCGCCGCACACCAGCAGGCGUCGGGUCCGGAGGGGCCGUUUCCUCCGCUGGCGAACCCUCCCCAACACCCAGGAAGCCUCUUCCAGGAUCCUCAAAGGCUUUCAGCCAGAUCUCCAGCUGCCAGCAGCAACAUUUACUCACAGAGAAAUCCUCACUUGCAAGCCUUUUCAGCAUCCCAGAGUUUGUUCCACGGUACGGACCUCAGCACGCGUGUUCCUGUCUCCCGACCAAGCCAGGCAUCCGCCCGGAGGGCCGCGGUGAUUGUGUGCACCGGUGCCUACAAGCAGCACAAACUCUGCAACACCAACGCAUGCCUUGAGAACAGAAGCAUCAGGGAAGUCCAGUGCGCAUCGUACAACAUCAAGCCUUUCAUGGGCCGAUUUUACGAGUGGGAACCUUUUGCAGAAGAGCUUCAUCUGAAGAAGAGACUUCUCUCUCUGUGGAAGAUGGAGCAGUACGACAACGGAGCCCAUGUUGGCGAGAGCUUCAUCUGA